GCCGCUUUGUAAGAGGCACAUUGGCAGGUAACGAGCGGCGGCGGCGGCGGCGGGUCCCGAGUCCAACGAGAGCAGCAGCGAUUUUGUAUUUUGUACAUACAUUUUGUAUAUUCUGUAUAUGAUGACUUCUGUGAGCAAUGAUCGUUGCCGAGGUGCUCGGGAAAAACCACAGAUGCCAACAACACACGCAGCACAGUCACAGAAACAAGUGGUACAGGCAACGGCUGAACAGAUGCGACUUGCUCAAGUGAUCUUUGAUAAGAAUGAUUCAGAUUUUGAAGCUAAAGUUAAACAGCUUAUGGAGGUGACGGGGAAAAAUCAGGAUGAGUGCAUCGUGGCCCUGCAUGACUGUAACGGUGAUGUGAACAAAGCCAUCAAUACACUGCUGGAAGGGAGCUCUGACACCACUUCAUGGGAGACUGUAGGAGGAAAGAAGAAGAAUUUUGGAAGAGAAAGCUCAGAAAACAAAGAAAACAGAGAGAAGAGGACAGAGAGAGAAGCAAGUCGAGGACGGGGAAACAACAACCGGAAGGGACGAGGUGGCAGCCGAGGCCGAGAGUUCAAAGGUGAAGAGAAUGGAGUUGAUUGCAGCCAAGGAGACAAGCCUUCAGAGCGGGGCAAGCGGACCCGAGGCAGAGGAUUUGGGCGCGGCAGGGGCAGAGGGGCAGGAAGGCUGUCUGCUCAAAGCAUGGGGACAUUCAAUCCUGCAGACUAUUCCGAGUCCAUGUCAACAGAUGGCUGUGGGACAAAGUUGGUAGUUUGGGAAGCUGCUCAGAACGGCACAGAUGAGGGACCUGAAGGGCUGGCAAAGCCUCACAGUAUAUCUCAGGAGCUGCCAAGUAAAAGUUCUUAUGGACUUAAAGGUGCCUGGAAGAAUUCUGUGGAGGAGUGGACAGCAGAAGACUGGACUGAAGAUCUUUCUGAGACAAAAGUAUUCACGGCUUCGUCCGCUCCAGCAGACAACCAUGUCCCGCCUGGGCAGAGCAUUGAUCUGGUGGCCUUGCUCCACAAACCUGCUCCUCCCACUCAAGCCGCAGAAGUCAACUCCUUUGAAACAUCCCAGCAGCAGGGCUUCGGCCAGGCCCUUGUCUUCACAAAUUCUCAGCACAACAAUCCAACGGCACCAGGGACUGCAAGCUCCACUCCUGCUAGCUCAUACUCUCCUCAGAGUUUGUCAUCCGUCCUUGGCUCAGGAUUUGGAGAGCUGGCUCAGUCAAAAAUGGUGAACAUCUCCAACUCCCAGAUUUUGGACAAGUUGAAACCACCAGGUUUAAGCCCGUUUCCUGCUGCUUCAAACACACAGCAGAAUGACAAUUCGAGCCCCCCAGCCACCACUGCUGCUUGGGACCUCAAGCCCUCGGCACCCCAGCCCUCAGUCCUCAGUCAUUUGGACUUCAAAUCUCAGCCGGAACCAUCUCCAGUUCUCAGCCAGUUGAGCCAGCGACAGCAACAGCAGAACCAGGCAGUCAGUGUUCCUCCUCCAGGUUUGGAGUCCUUUCCUUCUCAGACAAAACACCGAGAAUCAGCACCGGGAGAUGGUCCUUCUACUGUCAACAGACUUUUGCAGCUUCCUACCAUGGCUGUUGAAAACAUUGUAUCUGCCCACCAACCACAGCCCAAACACAUUAAACUCCCUAAGCGCCGGAUUCCUCCAGCUUCUAAGGUUCCUGUGUCCGCAGUGGAAAUGCCCGGGUCUGCAGAUAUCACAGGGCUGAAUGUUCAGUUUGGGGCCCUCGAAUUUGGAUCAGAGCCAUCUCUCUCUGAGUUUGGAUCAACAGCUUCAGCCAGUGAAAAUAGCAGUCAGCUUCCUAUCAGCUUGUACCCGAAGUCUUUAAGUGAGCCCUUGAAUGCCUCUUUCCCAAUGACCAGUGCUGUACAGAACCCCACCUACACAACCUCAGUCAUUACCUCCUCCACUCUGACCAGCUCGUCCGUGAGCUCCACUAGCCCAGUAACAACUUGUUCCUCUUACGACCAGAGUUCUGUGCAUACCAGGAUUGCGUACCAAAGCCCUGCAAGCCCAGCGGACGCGGCUCCCGGCUCCGUUGCUAACGGACAUGGUGGUGGCCGAAGUCAGCACACAGUAGACACUACUUCAUCCGUUUCAGCUCCAAAGAAGACAGACCCUUCUGCCCUUCCGUCUGUGAGCUCCCUCCCCAGCCCCUCCUCCUGCACUGCACUUCUGCCCCCUUCGUCCCAGCACACUGCCACUUUGCCCGCCUUGACUCCUGGUGAACUGUCCAGCAGCCCCCUUUCUCAGCUCAGCAGCUCCCUCUCUAGCCACCAGAGCAGCUUGUCCUCUACCCAUGCAACGCGGUCCACAAGCACGCCACACACUCAUGCCAGUGUGGAGAGCACCCCGUCCUCAGCUGCCUUCUCAGCAGCCACUUCUGCUCCAAGUGCCCCGUCCUCAGGGGUUGCCCUGCCUGGGAGCAUGAGCACCGUGAGCAGCCUGUGCCUGGGUGGGACCACUGUGAGCGCACCUAGCAGCAGUACCAGGGCCACAGCCUUGGUGACCUCAGGCAAAGCACCCCCAAACCUUCCUCAAGGGGUGCCUCCUCUGCUACACAAUCAGUACCUCGUGGGCCCUGGAGGGCUGCUUCCUGCUUACCCGAUCUACGGUUAUGAUGAGCUCCAGAUGCUGCAGUCACGGCUGCCGAUGGAUUACUAUGGAAUUCCCUUUGCAGCACCCACAGCCCUUGCCAGCCGAGAUGGGAAUCUAGCUAAUAAUCCAUAUUCAGGUGACGUCACCAAGUUUGGCCGAGGAGACUCUGCAUCCCCUGCACCUCCGACGACACCAGCUCAGGCACAGCAGAGCCAGUCUCAGACCCACCACACGGCCCAGCAGCCCUUUUUGAAUCCUGCUCUGCCACCUGGCUACAGCUACACCGGCCUCCCCUACUACACAGGCGUGCCUGGUGCCUUCCAGUACGGGCCCACUAUGUUUGUCCCUCCAACCUCAGCCAAGCAGCACGGUGUGACCCUCAGCACUCCCCCGACCCCUUUUCAGCAGGCCAGUGGCUAUGGGCAGCAUGCUUACAGUGCAGGUUAUGACGAUUUGACCCAGGGGACAGCGGCAGGAGACUACACCAAGGGUGGCUACGGUGGAUCAUCUCAGGCACCAAACAAGUCGGCUGGUUCUGGGCCUGGCAAAGGGGUAUCAGUAUCUUCAGGCACUGGCUUACCCGAUAUGACUGGUUCUGUCUACAACAAGACACAGACUUUUGACAAGCAGGGAUUUCAUACAGGGACUCCACCACCUUUCAGCCUGCCCUCUGCCUUGGGCUCCACUGGGCCCCUGGCUCCUGGCGCGGCCCCCGGCUACGCGCCUGCGCCGUUCCUGCACAUCAUGCCGGCCCACCAGCAGCCCCACUCCCAGCUGCUGCACCACCACCUACCACAGGACGCCCCGAGUGGCUCUGGUCAGCGCAGCCAGCCCAGCUCCCUGCAGCCCAAGUCUCAAGCCUCCAAACCCACCUACGGCAACUCUCCAUACUGGACAAACUAGACCCUGAAAAGGAGAGGGUGGGCUCUUGGGCAGGGUAUACUCUGGGCAGGAGAGAACACAUGGAGCACAUUUCUGGGAGCCCGGUGCCCUUCCUAGAAUCCUGAGACAUAACCGUCAGCUGAGCCUCUCUGUGGGAAGCCUGCCUCCCAGACCCACCAUUGUAUGUAAUGUAUUUAUGUAUGUAUUUGUAAAUGUGAUAGAAGCCUGAAGAGCUGGGCUGUGGCGACGGGUAGCAUACAAGUGUGCUCUCCCGGUCUGGACACCGUUACUAUAGCCAAGUAGGCCCCAACCCCACCUUUCUGCCUGCAGUCUUUCUAUGUGACCCCAGCUCAGUGGGCUGCUGGGUGUGCCACUGAAGGACUCGUGGUUUGGGGCCAGGUCAGUACCAAUGAAGAAUCACGACUUAUCUCACUCCCUGUGAACCAUUAUGUUUUUCCCUCUGUAAUUACUUCAUACUUGUUUUUGAAAAACUGAUCCUUUUGUCAUUUGUCAUGGUCCCCCUUCCAACAAAUCUUAAUCUGGAAAUAGAAGUGACCCCUGUCCAGCAUAAGCCUGGUGCCUAUAUGUCUGCGCACAGCAGGGGCUUCUGCUUUGGGUCUGGUCCUGCUCUAGAGACUUGUCUUUUCUGACCAACCAUUUAAAAAAAAAUCUGAACUACGUCUCAGAGAUGUUCAGCCAGUCAGCUCCUUUAUAAAGAAAUCAAAGAUCUGCUUCCUUCUCAGUGAAAGCCUGUCUCCAAACAAAGGCUCCUUUAUACCAGUUGUCCUGAGCCAGGUGGGCAACUGUUGCAGGGUUUUCUCUCGCCCAAACUCCACCUAAUAAAGUUCUGAGAGCAUG